AUGGCGGGCUCCGCGACUGGCGCCGAGGAGGAGGUGGAGAAGGACCACAAGAAGCAGGAGGAAGAGCUGGAUUACCACGAGGACGUGGUCCUCCUCCAGGAGCUGGAGGACCACAAGGAGGUGGAGGAACAGGAGGUGAAGCAGCAGAAGGUGGAAGACCACAGGGGGAGCAGAAGUUGGAGAAGCAUGUGGAGGACCUUGCUGCAAACCAGGGAGCAGGAGAUUCCCCCAGACCUUUUUUAUUUCUCCAACUAUGAGAGGCACAAUGCAGAGAUCGCUGCCUUCCACCUGGACAGGAUCCUGGACUUUCGUCGAGUGCCCCCCAUGGCCGGCAGGGUGGUCAACAUGACCAGGGAGAUCUGGGACAUCACGCGGGACAAGAAGCUGUGGAGGACCUUCUUCACCUCUCCAGCUAACAACAUCUGCUUCUACGGGGAGUGCUCAUACUACUGCUCCACAGAGCACGCCCUGUGCGGGAAGCCAGGCCAGAUCGAGGGGUCCUUGGCAGCCUUCCUGCCUGACCUGUCCCUGGCCAAGAGGAAGAUGUGGCAGAACCCCUGGCGGCACUCCUACCACAAGCGCAAGAAGGCAGAGUGGGAAGUGGACCCUGACUACUGUGAGGAGGUGAAGCAGACACCGCCCUACGACAGCAGCCAGGGCAUCCUGGACAUCAUGGACAUGACCAUCUUUGACUUCCUCAUGGGGAACAUGGGCCACCACUAUUGUGAGACCUUCGAGAAGUUCGGCAAUGAGACAAUCCUCAUCCACCUGGACAAUGGCAGGGGGUUCGGGAAGUAUUCACACGAUGAGCUUUCCAUCCUGGUGCUGCUAUAGCAGUGCUGCAGGAUCAGGGAGUCCACCUACCUGCGGCUGCAACUGCUGACCAAGGAGGAGUUCAAGCUGAGCUUGCUGAUGGCUGAGUCACUGCAGCGGGACAAGGUGGUGCCUGUCCUGUACCAGCUGCACCUGGAGGCCCUGGAUCAGCGGCUGCACAUGGUGCUGCAGGCUGUACAGGACUGCAUUGAGAAAGACGGAAUGCCCAGUGUGGUGGAGGCGGACCUGGGCCCUGAACACAGAGCGGUCCCCGUGAGGUAG